UCGUUGACAAUAUGGAAGCAUUUGGAAGCGACUCAAGAGGAUUGGGCUGCUCUGAGACGUCUGCUGGAGCUAUACGCAGUCGAGACUGGGACGGGGGGUGGGCAUAGUGAGGUGGAGAGGGAGCUGGUGUCGAUAGCGAGAGGGCAACUUAAUGAAUUUGACAAAAUUGUUGACAAAAUAUAG